UAUUCAAAAAAGUUCGUCAAUCUAAAAAAAACUUUUGAAAUUUUUAAAAAGUUCAUAGAUAUUUAAAAAAGUUCACAGAAUUUAAAAAAAAGAAAAGUCAACCGGCGCCUAGAUGGGCCGGCCCAUUUAUGGACGCCACAGGCGCCAGUUAACGAAAAUGCACGUUAACUGGCGCCAAAUAGGAAAUGCCUUUAGGAGCUCCAUAGGGAUCUCUGUUACUUGCAGACGAAACCCUAAUAUAAGUGGGUUAUCGAGGUCGAGGCCUAUCUCACCAAUAUAACCGUUGUCCAAUCUCUACACCACGGCCUAGCCCAUGAGAUGUUCCCCAUCCCCGCGCACGCGACGGUCCAGACGGCGCCGACGACGACGAUACGCCGUCCGUUGCCACGAAUCCAGCCCUUCAAACGCCAAGCCGCGGCCGCCGACCCCAACCUUGCCGUUAACUCGUGCCUGGUGCUCUCCUCCGCCUUCCGGCAAGGGUGCGCUCACGACUUGGUCAACCUCGGCCAUGGCGAGGUGCUCUACACCCAGGUCGCCACGAGCAUGGCGGCGGGGGUUGUUGACAAGGUCGCAGAGUCUCUGGACCGCUCCGCCUCCGUGCCGGACGCCGAGUUCCUGCGGGAGCUGCUGGGCGAGUGGAAGAAGCACGGCCGUGCCGUCCUCAUGAUCCUCGACAUCGUCAUGUACAUGGAACAGUCGUUUGUCCUGCAGAGGCCGGGCAAGGCGUCCAUGCGCGAGCUAGACUCCGAGCGUGGUGCGAUGGCGUGGUCCGCCGCUCCGCCGGUGAGUUAG